UUCGAAAAUAAAAUCAGGUGAGAGCAGUUCGGGUUGAAAAUUGUUGUGGUAUGCCAGAAAAUUUUCAGUUAACAUGCAAGAUGAAUGCAGCACGAGCCUAUACAAGAUAUUUGAGUGCACGAAUACGCGUUGAACGGUUAAACAGAUUGCUCUCAGAACAUCCGAGCUCACUGAAACAUCACGAUCGACUGCCUGCUGGAGGACGGACAAUGCCAUCUACUUUGUCGUUGAGUAUAUUGAGUUUGUGUCCCGCGGAUUCCGCAAGCUGUGUGUGCGAUAGACCAACGCGCAGCAGCACAGUGAAACCACUUAAAAAGAAAAAGGAUCGCCAUAAAAAGAUUAAAGACUCCAUAAUAUUGGCAAAGGAUCAUCAAACUAAACUCAACCCCAAAUCAACUUGCAAAUGCAAAUGCAAGUAUCCAAUUAUAGUUGUGCCUGCGAAGCGAAGGCUUGAAAAUGAAAAGAAAGAAAAGAAAGCAAAGCCGGAAAAAGUGAAGAAGGUCAAAUGUGUACCUGAGAAAAACCGCGAACAAGAGAAUCAAUUGUCAAAUCCGGCUGUAAGAUAUGCUGAACCUGAAUUAGAUGAAAAAAUAGAACCUGACAAAUUCAUUACAAAGUGUCCGGGAUGUGAGAAAAUACUUGACAUGUCAAACCAGUUGGGUGUGCUGAAGGACAAACUGGAGAAUCAGGUCGCACAGGACAUAAAUCAAAAUGAGCAACUGGAGGAGUUGAACUAUAAAGUAAAGCAGCUGUACGGGACAAUUAAUACGCUCAAUGAUAUAUGCAAGAAUCUAGAGAGCGCUGAGGAUAAGUCAACAAAGCAACGUCAGGAUAUAACGUGCGAAUGUGGUACAAGUAAGACGACAGCUAACUGUGCCCGUCUCAAAAUCAAACACGCACUUGAGCGCAAGACCUCAAGUCUGUGUCAGUUUUGCAAGAACAAGAAUCUUCCGGUGCUGGGUUCCAUGAAGGACGAACUGUCUAACAUGAUGGGAGAUCUAACUGUACGGGAUGUGGCAUUGACGAUUUUAUUGCGGUCCGACAACAUUUACCAUGUGAAUCUAAGGGACAUGGAGACGGGCGGCGACCUCGGCUGCAUGCUAGUCAACUAUGAUGGCAUCCAGGAGGCCAACAACUUGGGCCUGUUCAAGGACAUACUUACGAUCUGUGUGACCGAUGUGCGCAACACAAUCGAGAGUAAGGAAGCUAUUUCCGGUGUCCUCAACUUUGAGUUCAUAAAAGUUAAGCGUUAAAAGGGAAGUACAAAAUUGCGCCCAAAACCCUACGAACAUGGGCUGCCCAAAGAGCAGUACUCAUCGGACUCCUGCCUAAGCGACAUGUGAAUGCAGCUCCAACUGAUAACCAAAUAUUAUUAUCAUCUCAAUAUUUUCCUCCAAUCCAAUAAGGAUGAAAUCUACUCAAGUAUUUUCUCAAAUAAAUAGCUAAAGUGGCUGAUUGUGACUGUGACUCAAAAUAAGGUAAAUAGCAUACAAAUCGCCUUGUCUGACAAAGGCUAACUCUGAAUAUAGCUAUAUUGUAUAUUCAUCUGGAGGCGAUAAUUAAGGAAUCGCAAGCUGCUCAAUCUGUCUUUCAAAAAUUCCAAAUUUUAAUAUGUUUUUAAUUUUUUUAAUAAACAACAAAC